UCGUGUGAAGCCUAAGAUUUAGUAGAAUGGUUUCAAAUUGAGUUAAAUACCGUUCUAUUUUACCAAUUUUAUUAUGAUUUUUUUAUUGAAUUUUAAAGGCUGUCAAGCAAUAAAGGCGAAAUGUACAGAUAUUUUAAUGUACCAUGUGAAAAGUUACGGAAUAUUCGUAAAGCAUUAAUUGUCGAAUACUUGCCGAAAAUGUGCCUGUUUUGCAACUUGUAUCACCGCUACACACCGAGAUUAUUGCAACUUCGAGGGCACUCGUCAAAUACAAAUGUUAUUGUGUUAAAUCCAGUGAAAAGAAAAAAAGUCAAAAGAAAAUCUAAGAAUUAUGCGGAACUUUUGGAAGUUACUGAUUCAACAACAAAUAACACAAAGGCAGCAGUUCAGAAACUUAAUGUGAAUCAUUUUUCUAAACUAGUCGCUCAACCAAAUUUUACGCUGGAUAAAUUGGAUAAAAUUUAUCACAACGACAAAUUGUUAAAUGAAAAAAAAGGAGCGCAACAGAAAUUAGAAAAGUCUAAUUCAAAUAAUUUAUUGCUAUAUCAAGGCCAUAAAAAUUAUAUAGAAAAUUUAUCAAUACUUCCAAACGCCACUGUAACAGACGCUCAAAAUAAACAAGAAAAUGUAUUAGACUCAUUAGAGAAUAAUGAUAAACUGAUAAAAGUAUUGGAUAAUCAUUUUUCAGAUGAAUCUGAAUUGAAUGAAAUUUCAUACUUGGCUGAUUUCAUACAUAAUAAAUCAUCGAGCGAACGAAAACAUAAAAUACAACCUAAUCCUCAAACCUAUGCAUAUAUAUUUAAUUGCAUUGGACGUUUACAAGCUACCGAUAAUGAAAACUUAGAUAUUUUUAAAAAAAUCAAGUCAGAAUUAAUUCAUAAUGGGAUAUCAUUAAACGAUGUAGUAACAAAGUCUAUAUUUGUAAACGAUCAAAGAAUGUAUGUUGAAAAAGUUGCGAAAAUGUUAGAUAACCAAUUUCAACCAGUUUAUAGUAUUCCUGAUUUAAGCUACGAUUGUACAUUAUUAACAAAUUUCACGAAAAAUAAAUCUGUCCUACCAAGUACCGUUGAAAAUCUUGUGGCAUAUGACGAUGUUACCAAAUUGCUUAAAAAACAAAUAAAAAUGGAAUUAGAUGGUCUAACAACAAUUUAUAGUAUUGCCAAGAGAAGUAAAACCAAACAAGAUAGUAAAAUUUUGAAAGCAAAAGUAUCAAAUUUAAAUAAAAUAUGGAGAAAAGUAGCAUCCGAUGCUUUUCAUAAAAAUCUAAAAAUGCUGAAGAAUAUCGAAUCAUUUAAAUCACAACAGAUACCAUUAUAUCCAUAUUUAAUUGUUUUAAAGCCAGAAGCAUAUGUCGAUAUUAUAAUGAGAAAAGCUCAAAAAAUAGCAUUGGUUUCUGAAGAUUAUAGUGUAUCGUACAUUUCAAUGUGCUAUGAUACAGGAUUUCAAGUGUAUCAGAAAUAUGAGGCACAGGUUAAGCAAAAUAAUGGAGUACACGAUAAAAUAAUUCAAAUUUAUAAGCAAUACUGUGAUUGGUUUAUUCAGAGAAACGAUAAACUUAAUUGUAGAGAGAAGUGGGCCUUAUUAGCGCACACGGCUAAUAAGGAUGGCGUGUCAACAGAUUUUGCUUUACCCAAAUGGCCAAGCACCGUUUUUGCAGCAAUAGGCAAAUUUUUAUUAGAAAUUUUAAUAAAUGACUUUAAAAUUAAUAAAAAUUUAUCGAAAUAUAGCAAUCAUAACGAUUGUGAUGUACCAGCAUUUUUCAAAAUAUUUAGAAAUAAUGGUUACAAAAUGCAGGAACAGCUUAAGCCACACCCUCUUGUAUCACAAUUGUGUAAAGAAUCAGAUCUAGAAUAUUUAACAUUUGAAACUAUGUUUGUACCAUUAUUGUGUCCACCGCUUCCAUGGACUUCUAUGGAUCAUGGGGGAUAUAUUCUUAGUCAAUCCGAUCUAAUAAGAUUGAACAUGUCAUACAAACAACGUUUCGAGAAGAAAGUAAAUUCAGCGCCAAAGCAAUUAUUUCCUGCUCUGGAUAGCUUAAAUCAAUUAGGAUCUGUUCCGUGGACUAUUAAUUCAAAGAUCCUUGAUAUUGCUAUUCAGGUUUUUCAAAAUGAUGGAUCAAUAAAGUUCCAUAUACCCCGGCCACCGACAGUACUUGGGCCACUUCCUCAUUUAUCCAAAACUGCCGAUGACGUGCAAAAGAAGAAAAUAAUGAAAGCAAGAUUUGACUUGCAAAGAAAGAAAAAUGAGAUGUAUUCGAUGUGGUGCGACACAUUGUACAAAUUAUCUCUGGCAAAUCAUUUUAAAAAUAAAAUAUUUUGGCUGCCACAUAACAUGGACUUUCGUGGACGUGUAUAUCCGAUACCGCCUCAUCUAAAUCAUUUAGGCUCGGAUUUAUCUAGAUCUCUACUCAUAUUUGCUUUAAAGAAGCCACUUGGCCCUAAAGGACUCGAUUGGUUGAAGAUUCAUGCUAUAAAUUUGACAGGUUUAAAGAAAAGAGAACCAAUUAGUAAUCGCUUAAUCUAUGCCAAUGAAAUCCUGAAUAAAAUCCUUGAUAGUGCUGAAAAACCCUUAACUGGUGAACUGUGGUGGACUCAUUCGGAUAAUCCUUGGCAAACUUUAGCCACAUGUAUGGAAAUAGAUGCAGUAUUGAAAUCAAAGGAUCCUGAGAAUUUUAUAUCAGGAUUCCCGAUUCAUCAAGAUGGUAGUUGUAAUGGUCUACAACAUUAUGCAGCUCUUGGUAGAGAUGAAAUUGGUGCUUUAAGUGUUAAUUUACACCCAAGUGAUGUUCCGCAAGAUGUAUAUAGCACAGUUGUGUCAACGAUUGAAGAUAUGCGUAAAAAUGACAUUAAAGAGGGCAAUAAAAUAGCAGCGCUGCUAGAAGGACACGUUAAAAGGAAAGUUAUUAAACAAACUGUAAUGACAACUGUAUAUGGAGUAACAAUGUAUGGAGCUAAAUUACAAAUAUUACGCCAAUUAAAAGAUGCUACUAAUUUUCCCGAAGAAUCUUUGUGGGAGGCAACAAUGUACUUAUCUAACAAAACGUUCGAAGCUCUCAAGACAAUGUUUAAGGGCGCGAAAGAAAUUCAGGAUUGGUUCUCGCAAUGUUCGCACUUUAUUUGCAAAGUGCGUCAGGAAAACAUGGAAUGGGUAACUCCAUUGGGAUUUCCCGUUGUACAACCAUACGCCAAUCAUAAGCAAAUACCAAAAUAUAAAUUAGAUGUAAAAAACAUAUAUAGCGUCUUUAAACUGAAACCAGAUUCAAGAAAACAGAAAAAUGCUUUUGCUCCAAAUUUUAUUCACUCUCUAGACUCUAGCCAUAUGAUGCUUACUAGCCUUCACUGUGAACAAGAAGGCAUUACAUUUGUAUCUGUACACGAUUGCUUUUGGACGCAUCCUUGUAAUGUCGAAAUUAUGAAUAAGGUGUGUCGAGAGCAGUUUGUUCUUUUACAUUCUCAGCCCAUUCUCAAUGAUCUUUCUAAAUAUUUUUAUGACAAUUUUGGUUUUAAUAACUCACAAGAAUCUGUAAAUUCAAAUAAUUCGGACAGAAAAUUAAAAGUGAAAGAAAAGUAUAACAAUGUAUUAUUAAAAGUCCCAAAACAGGGUGACUUUGAUAUUAAAAAAGUUUUAUCGUCAAUAUAUUUCUUCAGCUAAGCUUUGUAGAAACCAUAUGUUUAGUAGC